CCACCUUGUUCUACCCUUGAGCAUUUUAUAAAAUAUAAAAAUCAAAGCAAACCAAAAAACAUGAAGAAAUCAAUGGUGUUGUUUCUUUUUCUCUCUGUUAUUCUGUCUUCAGCAUCUGCUCGUCUACUCAGUUCUAAACAAGAUGGAGAAGAGGAGAAAAGCUAUGUCAUUCCUGAGACGAGUAACUAUAAUUCAUUAACAGAGAUUAAAGAAGAUAUAUCCAAUCUAAUGGGAUUAGAGAAAUGCGGAGAUGGAAAUGAAGAAUGCGAGAAGAGAAGAAUGAUAGCCGAGGCUCAUCUCGAUUAUAUUUACACUCAGAACCACAACCACCCUUGAGAUGUUAGAAAGUAAAUAAAAAUAAUCCCAUCAGACCAAAGCAUUUAGGAUUGUAACCCAUGUGUAACCUUAAAGUAUAUGAAGUUUGAUACUCAAGUAAGUUUUGUGUACCUAAUUAUUCUCUGCUAUUUCUAAUAAAUUAGCAAAUGAUGUUGCUCAUUUACAGUACAAAAUGUUAAUGCAAAACGAAUCUUUCUUAA